AUGGGGACAAAAGCAGGUGUCUACAAUGUGCAUUGUGUAAUUAGGGAUAGAGUUGGAGAUAUCUCUUUAUUCUUCACUGCAGUUUAUGGGUUACAUACCAUUGAAGCUAGAAGGAGUUUGUGGCACUCUCUCUUACAGGUUCAGUCUAGUGUGGAAGCUCAUCCAUGGUUAUUGUCAAGGGAUUUCAACACUCUAUUGUCUGAUGUUGAUAGAAUAAAUGGUGGUCCUGUUAUAGCUGCUGAAAUCUGUGAUUUUAAUGACUUUAUUGUUUCAUCUGGUCUAUGCACUUUGCAGAGUAUAGGCAACUACUUUUCUUGGCACAAAGGGUCUGGUGUGGGGAAAACUGCAACCGGGAUUGAUUGGUGCUUGGGUAAUGCAGCUUGGGUGAUGAAGUUCAGUGGUGUGCCUGUGCAGUAUUUGAACUUUUCUAUUUCUGAUCAUGCCCCCCUGAUGGUUACUUGCUUGCCUGAUAAACCUGAAGGGGGUAAACCCUUCAGGUUCUUGAAUAUUCUUGCUGAUCAUAGUCACUUUGAAUAUUUGGUAAAAUCUAUAUGGGAAACUCCUAUCAUAGGUUCUUGCAGGUUUCAACUCUGGUGUAAACUGAAACAAGUGAAAUUUAAGUUGAAAGCUCUUCAUAGGGUGGAAUUUGCUGGUGUUUCUGAGAAAAUCUCUAAAGCUAGGGAAUUAUUGGAUACUAUGCAGCAGUCUUUGAUUACUUCUUUUACUCUUGAAUUACAUCAGCAAGAAGAUGAGUGUAUAGCUGAUCUAAGGAAGUGGCUCAAGGUAUAUGAGAUUUCUUUAAGGCAAAAAUCCAGGAUUCAGUGGCUACAUGUGGGGGAUUCUAACCAUCACUAUUUCUUCUCUUCUCUCAAAGAAAGGAAUGGGAUAAAUAGGAUCUCAAUUCUAUAUGAUGCUAAUGGUGACAAGCUAGUUGAUUCUGAUGCUAUUCAGAGGGAAAUCAUUUCAUUCUAUAAAGAAUUCUUGGGUUCUGCUGCUUCUUCUCUCCCUUCUGUUCAUUUGCCCACUUUGAGAAAAGGUCCAACUCUUAGUGCUUCUGCUAGGAGAUGGUUGGUUAGACAGAUUACUAAGAGUCAGAUUGACCAAGCUCUGAAGUCUAUAGGGGAUGAUAAAGCUCCUAGUUUGGAUGGGCUAAAUGCAGUUUUCUUCAAGAAGUCUUGGCACAUCAUUAAAGAUGAUGUUUACAAAGUUGUUAAGGAGUCUGUGAUUAGUGAAGUGGUGAAUGAGUCUCAAUCAGGGUUUAUCCCUGGUAGGCAGAUCCCAGAUAAUAUAUUGCUGGCUACUGAGUUGAUUAAAGCCUACACUAGAGCUCAUAUCUCCCCUAGAUGUCUGCUGAAAAUGGACUUAAGGAAAGCAUAUGAUUCUAUUGAAUGGCCCUUUCUGAGGUCUGUAAUGAUUGAGCUAGGCUUUCCUGAGUGUUUUGUGGGUUGGAUUAUGUCUUGUAUUACUACUGUCUCCUACAGCAUUUUGAUUAAUGGCACACCAACUUAUCCCUUCAAAGAAAAAAAAGGCUUGAGACAAGGUGAUCCAAUGUCUCCAUUCUUGUUUGCUCUAGCCUCUGGGUUAGAGGCUAAUCUUGAUAAGAGCAAUAUCCAUAUAGGUGGUGUCACUGUUUCAGAAAGACAGGCAAUUAUUGGUGGCGUGCAUAUCUCUGAAGGCCAAUUUCCUUUCAGAUGGGUUCAUGCCUAUUACAUCAAAGGAAGUCCUUUAUCUACUCAGUUUCCUUCUACAAUCUAUUGGCCACUAAGGAAAAUUAUUUCUUCUUACCAACUUAUUGAUGAUGUUGGUGGAUGGGUUGCUGUGUGCAAAAAGGGUCAGUUCUCAAUCAAAUCUAUGUAUCAGGCCUUACUCGGGGAACAUGAGAAAGUUCCACGGGGAAGGAUUGUGGUGACUGGUGAUCUAUGCCCUUUAUACUCUAAGUGUUCUGAGUCUGUCUCACAUCUCUUCUUUGAUUGUGAGUAUGCUUCUGGUAUCUGGCAGAAGAGAAAUGACAUGGUUUUCAACCAAAGGUGCAGAGAUCCUAAGGAAUUUAUGCAGGAUAUAAAAUUUAGAGUAGCAUGUAGAGCUAGUGAUAGCCAAAAGCAGUUCUUGUUGAACUAG